AUGGACGACCUCUGGGAGCUUGACAAUACGCACAAGGUGCCCGCCCGCGAAGCCACCGCAGACCUCAUCCGAGACGUGGACGAUGCGGUCCAGGAAGGUCUGCCCGAGGGGGCUGAGGUCCACAGAAUUAUUCCCCACGGGGAUUCUUUGUGGGGACGCACAGCCAAACUAGAAACGCUGCAUCCCGAUGGGCGAAAGAUGCUGUAUUUUCUCAAGGUCCAUGUCGGGGCACACAGUCAUGGAUUGAUGGCAUCCGAGUACCACGCCAUGGCCAUCAUCCACAAGGCCAUCCCGGAUCUUGCUAUCAGGCCCAUUGCGUACGGGACUUACGUCUCCAACCCCAACGCCAACUUUUUCCUAUCCGAAUUCCGCGAUAUGAGGGAGGAGCUGCCCGAUGUGGAAGAGUUCUGCGAGCAGAUCGCACUUUUACACAAGCAAGCUGUGAAUCCCGACGGCCGUUUCGGCUGGGAAUGGCCUGUAUACGCCGGCUCCAAGCCCCGAACAUACCCGCUAAGCCACUCCUGGGAGGAGACCUUCUCUGCCGGACUCCGCGCCACAUUCGAACUCGAGGAGCAGACCCACGGCCCAGACAAGGACCUUGCUGUGCUGAGAGAUGCCUUGUUCGACGAGUUGAUCCCGCGACUUCUACGCCCGCUGCAGUCCGAUGGUCGAUCCAUACAGCCGACUCUCGUUCAUGGAGAUCUCUGGCAUGGCAACGUCCGUAUAGAUGUUAGGACAGGCAGCCCCAUAAUAUUUGACCCCUGUAGCCUAUGGGCUCACCAUGAAUUCGAACUUGGCCCGUGGGCCUGUCAUCGCCAUCGCAUUGGAGAGCAGUACAUUCAAGAAUACCGCCGGAAGCAUCGAAACCCUUCCGAGCCCGAAAAGGAUUUUGAGAACCGCAUGCUCCUUUACUCCAUCAACUUUGACAUCCAGUCUUCGUCCAACUACCCAGGAAACCUUGUACGCAGAGAAUUUGUUAAGGAAUCUAUCAGGAAACUUCUCUAUCGAUGCGGGGCUUAUUGAUUGGUAACUUGUGGGAGGAAGGAACGA